GCGUGUUCUUAAUGAUUUGGAUAAUAAUAAUAUAUAACAUUAAAAACGGUACACACAUAAACGUUGAAGAUUCAAAUGCACAAUGGACAUUCGCACAAGCACGAUUUAUACUUAUAAUCAUCAACUAACCUAUCAGCUUAUAGCUGAAUUAGCUAAAGCAAAAGGAAAUAUCAGACGAAAAUACUCUGCGUUAAAACUUGGAGACGCCAAAGCUACAACAAUUGUAUCAAGAACGUUAAAACCUAUAAUCGAUCCUCUAGAAAAAAAAUAUCCGCUAUACACUUAUCAAAACAAUCAACUGAUUACAAGGAACACGAAAAAGAAGAAUUUCGAAAGUUGGUUUAAAUCUCAAGCCAAAGAUUGGAUUUAUGAUCCGAAAAAACUGUCGAACGGUACUAUUAGGCUAGUUGACAAAGAAAUUAAAUUCAUCGAUAACUCAGUAGUAGAAUGAUUUGUUAUGUUAUAGAACCGCUUCAACAGUAAAAUAGAAAUCCACUCGUGAAAACUUCUCGCGGUAAAUUCUCUAAACAAUAUUUCACAUAAAUAUAUCAUUAUUUUAUAUCGGAAACAUAA